CGUUGACCACAGGGCCUGUGUUCUGUGUCCUCGGCCGCCGCCCCCGCUACCGCGGUGUAUCCGCCCCUCGCCUGCCUUUAGAGGGUACAGGCGACAGCCGUUUCUCUGGGUGGUCGCGCAGCCGCCAGACGUCUCUGCCGAGCUGCUUUUCCUGGCUGGCUGCUGUUCUCCGCUGGGUCCAGGCCGGGGGGGUGGGGAGUAGGGAAAAAUGGCGCCGGCGCCCCAAGGCGUUCGGGAGGAGCCGCUGCUGGAGUGUGGGUCGAGAUUGCUUUCCCGGCUGCUCUUCCUCGCUCAGGCAGUGGUGCUGCUGCUGCCAGCCGCCCGUGCAGGCCUCUGCCCCGUGCCCUGUUCCUGCCGCAUCCCGCUGCUGGACUGCAGUCGCAGGAAACUACCAGCGCCCAGCUGGAGGGCGCUGUCGACCUCGCUGCCCCCCGAUGCCGUCAGCCUGGAUUUGAGUCAUAAUCGGUUGUCUAACUGGAACAUCAGCUUAGAGUCUCAGACAUUACAAGAAGUGAAAAUGAAUUAUAAUGAACUAACAGAAAUCCCGUAUUUUGGAGAACCAACUUCUAAUAUUACUCUCCUCUCAUUAGUUCAUAAUAUAAUCCCAGAAAUAAAUGCAGAAGUGUUCCAGUUUUACCCUGCUCUCGAGACUUUAGAUCUCAGCUCAAAUCUAAUAUCAGAAAUCAAGACAUCUUCAUUUCCUCGAAUGCAGCUUAAAUAUCUGAAUUUGAGUAAUAAUAGGAUAACCGUCUUGGAGGCUGGUUGCUUUGAUAAUUUGUCAAGUUCCUUAUUAGUGGUGAAGUUAAACAGGAACAGAAUUAGCAUGAUUCCACCCAAGAUCUUCAAGCUACCUCACCUCCAGUUCUUGGAACUUAAAAGAAACAGGAUUAAAGUUGUGGAGGGUCUCACAUUUCAAGGGCUUGACUCCUUAAGAUCUUUGAAAAUGCAGCGGAAUGGAAUUAGCAAACUUAAGGAUGGAGCUUUUUUUGGCUUGGAUAACAUGGAAGAAUUAGAACUGGAGCAUAAUAACCUUACAGAAGUGAACAAGGGGUGGUUGUACGGCUUGCGAAUGUUACAGCAGCUCUAUGUGAGCCAGAAUGCUGUUGAAAGAAUCAGCCCUGAUGCGUGGGAGUUCUGCCAAAGACUGUCUGAACUUGAUUUGUCCUAUAACCAGUUGACCCGUCUGGAUGAAUCUGCCUUUGUGGGUCUGAGCUUACUGGAGAGAUUGAAUUUAGGGGACAACAGAGUCACUCACAUUGCUGAUGGUGUAUUUAGGUUUCUUUCCAAUCUGCAAACACUAAACUUAAGAAACAAUGAAAUUUCAUGGGCCAUAGAAGAUGCUAGUGAAGCCUUUGUUGGACUCACAAGUCUCACUAAAUUAAUCUUACAAGGAAAUCAGAUUAAAUCAGUUACAAAGAAAGCAUUCAUUGGUCUUGAGUCCCUUGAGCAUCUAGAUUUGAACAACAAUGCUAUAAUGUCUAUUCAAGAAAAUGCUUUUUCCCAGACUCGCUUGAAAGAAUUGAUUCUGAACACAAACAGUUUGCUCUGUGACUGCCAUUCGAAGUGGUUGCUUCAGUGGCUGGUUGAUAAUAACUUUCAACAUUCUGUGAAUGUAAGCUGUGCACACCCUGAAUGGCUUGCAGGGCAAAGCAUCCUGAAUGUGGAUCUGAAAGAUUUUGUCUGUGAUGAUUUGCUCAAGCCACAGAUAAGAACUCAUCCUGAAACCACAGUUGCUCUGAGAGGCGUGAAUGUGACUCUGACAUGUGCUGCGGUGAGCAGCAGUGAUUCACCCAUGUCUGCUCUGUGGCGCAAAGACAGUGAAGUCUUGUAUGAUGCUGACACUGAGAAUUUUGUUCGUUAUCAGCAGCAGGCUGGAGAAGCUCUGGAAUAUACUAGUGUCCUACACCUUUUCAGUGUGAAUUUCACAGAUGAAGGAAAAUAUCAGUGUAUUAUUACUAAUCACUUCGGUUCUAACUAUUCUCAUAAAGCCAAACUGACUGUGAAUGAGAUGCCAUCUUUUCUGAAAACUCCAAUGGAUCUAACUAUUCGCACUGGUGCCAUGGCCAGAUUAGAAUGUGCUGCGGAGGGGCACCCUGCACCGCAGAUUUCCUGGCAGAAAGAUGGUGGUACUGACUUUCCUGCGGCUCGAGAGAGACGCAUGCAUGUCAUGCCUGAGGAUGAUGUCUUCUUCAUUGCAAAUGUGAAAAUAGAAGACAUGGGGAUCUAUAGCUGCAUGGCGCAGAAUAUAGCAGGCGGUCUCUCAGCAAAUGCCUCACUCAUCGUGUUAGAGACACCCUCAUUUAUUAGACCCCUGGAGGACAAGACAGUAACCCGAGGUGAAACUGCAGUAUUACAGUGCAUAGCUGGAGGGAGUCCCGCCCCUCGCCUCAACUGGACCAAAGAUGAUGGACCUUUGCUGGUGACAGAACGGCACUUCUUUGCUGCAGCCAACCAGCUUCUCAUCAUCGUAGAUGCUGGGCUAGAUGAUGCUGGGAAAUAUACCUGCAUUAUGUCAAACACCCUUGGGACAGAACGUGGUCACAUUUACCUCAAUGUGAUUUCAUCCCCCAACUGUGACUCUUCCCAGAGUAGCAUUGGGCAUGAAGAUGACGGCUGGACCACAGUUGGCAUUGUGAUCAUUGUUGUGGUCUGCUGUGUAGUGGGUACCUCUUUGAUCUGGGUCAUUGUUAUUUACCACAUGAGAAGGAAAAACGAAGACUAUAGUAUUACAAACACAGAGGAACUCAAUCUGCCUGCAGACAUUCCCAGCUACUUGUCUUCCCAAGGAACACUGUCUGAGCCACAGGAAGGCUACAGCAACUCUGAGGCAGGCAGUCAUCAGCAACUUAUGCCUCCUGCCAAUGGAUAUUUACACAGAGGCACUGAUGGUGGCACUGGCACCCGAGUUAUCUGCUCAGAUUGUUAUGACAAUGCUAACAUCUAUUCCCGGACCCGAGAAUACUGUCCGUACACCUACAUCACUGAAGAGGAUGUUCUGGAUCAGACGCUGUCCAGCCUCAUGGUCCAGAUGCCCAAAGAGACUUACUUGGCACAUCCUCCCCAAGAUGCCACUACCCUGGAGAGCCUGGUGUCAUCAGCAGAUAGAGAGAGAUCUGCCUUUCCCACCAACCAUGAGAGGAUAAAUGAGAAGAAACCUUCCUCCACACAGAUGAGCAGUGAAACCUUGCAGCGGCCUCUGUGGAACAUAAGCAGAGAACCAGGUAUGCCUCAUCCUCCUUUUCCCCAGCAGUCAGUCCUUGAGUCAUCACAACUCCAUCAAAACGAGGGCCUGGCAGAGAGUGAUCCAGACUGUUCCACUUGCCCCACGCCCUGUCACAGGUUGCACGACCACACUUUUGAUUUUAGUAGGACUCGGAAUGUUCGCGAUGGCAGUGAGGGCACAUGA